AUGGUUGAGACGACAAAAGGGAAGCAAUGCUUAUUAUUCGAUAAAUAUCGUUAUCUUUGCGAUCCUAUUCGUAACACCAGAACAUAUUGGCGAUGUGAACAACAUAUUAAUUGUUCAAGACGUUCUAAACAAAAUGGUGAAGAGGCACCUGUUUUAACAUCACCACACAACCAUGAUCCACAAAAAGAAGCAAAUGAUACAGCACAGUUCAAAACAGAUUUAAAACAUCGUAUUCGUGAAGAACAAGCACCGUUAACACAAAUAUAUUGGUCUGAAUUAAUCAAACGAUACACAAGUAAUCCAGAUGAUGUGGCUACAUUACCACUAUUUCAUCAAUUAAAAAAUACUCUUUAUCGAACGAAAAACGAACAUUAUCCACUACUGCCCAGGUCGAUCAAUGAAGUAUGUGUUGAAGGUAAAUGGUGCUUGUCACUAGAUAACGAGGAUUUUAUCGUUAUCGAUCAUCACAAUCCUCGAUAUUUGACUUUUGGUACAUUACAUUCAUUAAAAACACUAUGUGAAUCUGAUCAUAUCUUCCUAGAUGGUACUUUUAAAUCAUGUCCGUCACCAUUUGCACAACUGUACUCCAUUCAUAGUUAUUCAUCGAUCUUGAAUGGUACUUUUCCUGUUCUAUAUUCUCUACUACCAAACAAAACGAAAAAUAUUUACACAUUAUUUUCUAAUGAAUUAAGAACUGCUGCUGUUAAAUAUGAUUUGGUUCUUAAUCCAAAAUUCAUCACCAUCGAUUUCGAACAAAGUGCUAUUGGUGCAUUAAAAAAUAUUUUCCCCAAUACGACAAUUAAAGGUUGUAAUUUCCAUUACAACCAGUGCAUUUUUAAAAAGAUUCAAGAUUUAGGUUUACAAAAGGAUUAUAAUGAUUCAUUAGAUGAUGAUUCAACAAGUGUUAAAUGUUUAGUUCAACAAACUGGAGCAUCAGCGUUCAUGCCUAUUUCUCAAAUAGAUGAAUUAUGA